AUGCAGGCGGAGCAGCAACAGCAAUCUUCCUACCCAUCCCCGGCCGCCACGCCGCUCCCAAUCCUCUACGCAGAAGACACCCCCUUCUCGGAAUACUCCACCGCAGUCUGGGGCCGCGUCUUCAACGCCCGCCGCGACUUUUCCCGGCGCCCGGCCGCCGUCGUCACCGCCACGCGCAAAGCCCACGUCGUCGAGGCCGUCAAGAUUGCAAACGAAAAGGGGUGGCGCGUGAGCGUUCGCUCGGGGGGCCACUCGUGGGCCGCGUGGUCUGUUCGCGAUGAGGCGCUGCUGAUUGAUUUGGGGAGUAUGGGUAAAGGCGUUGCGGGCAGCGGCAACGAGGAUGGCAUCGCGUAUGAUUCCAAGACGGGCAUUGUCAGUGUUGCGCCGGCGAGGACGGGGAGGGAGGUGAAUGGGUUUCUGGCUGGGCAGAUUGGCGGGCCUGGGGAUGAUAGUAUUGAGGGGAUGGGCAGGUUUUUCCCUGGUGGUCAUUGUCCUGAUGUUGGGCUCGGUGGGUUUUUGUUGCAGGGUGGUAUGGGGUGGAAUUGCAAGAACUGGGGCUGGGCGUGUGAGAAUAUCGUCGCCAUUGAGGUUGUCACGGCCGAUGGACGAGAGCUCCGCUGCUCCGAGACGGAGAACGCCGACCUCUUUUGGGCCGCGCGCGGCGCCGGACCGGGCUUCCCUGCCAUCGUCACCCGCUUCCACCUCCGCACCCGCCCCCUGACGGGCAUGUUCCAGUCCCUCUACUUUUACUCCCUCGACCGCUUCGAGGAGAUUCUGAACUGGGUGAUCAAGAUCUCCCCAAAAGCCUCCCCAGAACUCGAAAUCGUCCUCCUGGCCCUCACACCACCAGGCCAAACCACCCCGCAAAUCAUGGCAAACUUCCUCUCCUUCUCCGCGAACCCGGAAGCCCUCAUCCCCCUCCACUCCUCCCACCCCUCCCGGCCCCUCGCCACCGUCUUCGCCACCCCGACCUCCCUCCCGCAGCAGUACGUCGACCAGGACGCCUCCAACCCGCCCGCCCACCGCUACAUAUCCGAAAACGCCUACGUCUCCAACGACGCCAACGUGCCCAAGGUCCUCAAGAAGGCGUUCACCGAGCUGCCCACGCCGCAGUCGUUUGCGCUGUACUUCUCCAUGAAUCCUUGCUCUCGGCGCACGCAGCAGACUGCCGGCGAGACGCCGCCGUCGUCGGCCAACGGCACCGGCAACGGCGCGGCAAAGACCAUGCCCGACAUGGCGCUCAGCAUGCAGUCGGACCACUACUUCGCCCUCUACACAGUCUACCCGGACGCCGAGGACGACGAGCGGUGCCAGGGCUGGGUGAGCGACAUCAUGGCUGGCGUCGAGAGGCACGCGGCGGGCUCGUAUCUCGGUGACGCCGACUUCCGGUACCGCAGGACAAAGUUCUGGGGCGACGAGCAGGGCAAGAGGCUGAUGGACGUGCGCAAGGUGUGGGAUCCCAAGGGGCGGAUCGCGGGGUACUUGGAUACCGAGGAUGAGAGCGGAGUUGAAGGGUUGAAGAAUGAGUUUGAGUGGGCUUGA